AUGAGAAGGUGGCCACAACUGCUGCUGCCGCUGCUCGUGGCGAAUGCCUUCCUGCGCCCCGCCCCGCGCACGGCACCGUCGCGGAGACCAGCGGCGACCCUCGAGCCCCCGGUCCAGCAGCAAACUUUAAACACGAAGGAGAAGGUCGCCAUCCUCCUCUUAAACCUCGGCGGCCCCCAGACGACGGCGGACGUCGAGCCCUUCCUCUACAACCUCUUCGCGGACCCCGACAUCAUCCGGCUCCCGUCGGCCAUCGGCGGCCUGCAGACGGCCCUCGCCUGGCUCAUCGCGACGCGGCGCGCGCCGAAGAGCCGCGCCGCCUACGAAUCGAUCGGCGGCGGGAGCCCCAUCACCAUGUACACGAUGGAGCAGGGGCGGCUCCUGGAGGAGGCUUUGAACAGCGGCGACUCGGGCGUCGAGUACAAGUCCUACGUCGCCAUGCGCUACUGGCACCCGUUCACCGACGAGGCCCUGGACAAGGCCGUCGCCGACGGGUGCACGUCGGCCGUCGUGCUGCCGCUCUACCCCCACUUCAGCAUCUCGACGACGGGGUCGAGCCUGCGGGCCCUCCUCUCGGAGAUGCAGGCGAGCCACCCGCAGCUCAUGGCGAGCCACACCGUCGUCCCCUCGUGGCACGACUCGCGCGGCUACGUGAACUUGGUCGCGCGGUUGGUC